AUGGCAGAAGGAGAUAUCGUGUCGCUGGCGACGGAUGGUACAUUUCGACUAGACUUUGGGAACUACGUUGUCCAAAUUGUGGGGUUGCUGCACCCCACCUGUAGUCUUGGCAAGGUGAGAUCAGGGAAGGGUGGCAAGGGUGAGGUGGAAUUGCCGCGCACUAGCUUCGCUCCUUUGGCCUUUGCUCUCCUGGAGUCCGAGAAGACGGACAGUUGCGUGGAGUUCACAAGGUGGUACGAGCAAUGGCUUCGCGUCUAUUCUCCAAAGGCGCAUGCGAAACUCAUGCAGUGCAGCGUCACCAUCAAUGAUUUCAAGGAAUCUGGAGAGCGAGCCUUGCGCGUCUUGUGCGCAAGUCCACCGGUGCAUCGCCAUUGUGCUGUGCACAUGAUCCGUAACUGUACUCAAGCUGGGUACACUGGAUGGAAGAAGUUACGCUCGCACAAAGCGGCCUCCACCUUGAGGCAAUACCUUUUGCAUUUGCAACACGCUUCCAGCUUGGUGGUUUUUGACAUGUUGUCGCGCCAUUUGCUACUGCUGGUGCGGCAUGAGCUUGAAGAAGCAGCCUCUCAUCACUUUGGGGGAGAGGGAAGGGUGCUUUCGGAGAAAUUCUCAGAGAAAAGCAUUCCACAUGGGAGAUUGCUGGGCCGUGAUUUCAAAGAACAACAGAAAGGCUUUGAAGCGAAGGCAUAUGGUGGCAAAGGCAUGGGCAAGGACUAUGGUGGCUUUGGCAAGGGCUAUGCCCCCUACUGA